UCUUCCGGUAAGAUGCCACCAUGGUAGCCGCCAUGUAGAGUGUCACGUGUUUUUAUUAAUUUAUAUAUUGGCUAUUCUAUUGUGAGCAAAUCCUGUUGCUACUAGAUUGAAUUGGGCCUUAGUGACCGUAAGACAAUGCACUCAAGCAGAACGUGGGGUAGUUCUCUUUCAGUGCGGACACAUUAACCUCGCACGCCUUCAUAUUUGAGCCAGGCAUACUGCGCAGUCGGAUAACUUGAAUCAAGCGCCCGCCGUUUUGUGUGGUUUGUCCAACUGAUACGCCAUUGGCUCUGGGAAACACCCAAUCGGAUGUCUUGUUUAUGCCAGGGCAAAUGGCACGAGCUCAUUACCAUGCGGGUAUUCGACCAAUGGACGACCGUGUCUAUCUCUUCCCCCCCACCUUCAGUUGAGUGACAAGAGCUGAUCAAGGCACAGAAGGAGAGUCGCGCGAAGGAGGUCCGAGCAUUGAUUCACUAGAAGCUCGAACUCCGGUGAAUCUAUAUACUCCAACUGCUCACUGCCAUCAACAGCAGUCUAGGAUGUUACGCUCCGCAUUCUUUUUAAAAUUCAGUUUCAUGCCUUUUUUAAGAUGAUACAUAUGUGUUUUUUUAGACAUUUUAAUCGUUUAUUGUAAUGCAAGGAAUAACUUACCAAAAAUGUUCGGGAGGAACUUUUUCGGCGGGGGAUGCCAGCAGCCAGUCGACCUAGCCGGACACCUGAAAGAGGAUUAUAAUAUCAGGGUGCCGUUUGAUGCUCUUGGGGUUUCCACCCGUCGGAUUGCGGAUUAACCGGCUUCCCCCAUCAUGGGAGGACGCGCUUUCGGGCCUCCACCCCACGCGCUGCCCGAGCGCGGCGCGUUGGUUCCGCGCGUGGCCUCUCGGGUUGCUCCUGUCGGACACAGUUCCGUGCAGCACCCUGGCCGCUUUCAGCCUGGGAAAUACUACCCAUCUGCCGUGCCGAUGGCUCCGCAUUCAGGUAGUGGAUUGAUAGGUGGUUCCUCCUUCAUGGGCUCUUUCCUGGCCAGCAGUCUGGGUUCCCCCCCCUCCCACUCUGCCCCCCCCUCAGGGGCCCCACACUCCCCCUCCUCCCCCUCCUUACACAGUGGGCCCCACUCCAGCCCUUCUCAGAUAUGGUUCCCCCACCAAGCUCCUGCAGGGUUUCCACAAUUCUCUGGAAGAAUUGCACACAGCUUCCUUCCCAUCAGCCACCUGGAUCACCAUGGCAACAGCAGCGUCCUCUAUGGACAGCACCGUUAUUAUGAUAGUCAGAAUGAUCCAUUCUAUCUCAGGAGUCUCCCCUCCCAGUCUUCCCUUAUCUCAGCCAAUCACAGCUUUCCUCCUGUGCCCCCUGGGUCCUGCAGCCAUGAGCGGGACUCAGGGGGCGGGGCCGAGGUCGGGGGCGGGGCCAGCCUGCAUAAGGGCCUGAAGGAGGGCGGGGCCGCACUGGGGCCGGCCCCCAAAGAGAAGGAGAGGCCCAGCAGCAAGCAGGAAGCCAGGGAGCGAGUGCAGCAGGCUCACGCCCACCUGCAGCCCCGCCCCCAACACGCCCACCCACAGCCCCGCCCCCUCCACGCCCACCCCCACCAGCUCCCGCCCCUGCGACCUGCCCCCCUGCAGAAGGACACCCCGCUGGCCCGGGGAAAGCCCCUGAGCGCAUGCCUGCUCAACGAGGGAGGGGCCCAGGGCUCUCUCUCCAGCUGUGGGGCAGGGGUGGGGGCGGGGCCCGGCAUGGGCGGGGAGAUGAGGAUCAGCGAGCAACCCUGCCUGGAGAGGGGGGGUAACCCUGGGGGCUUCCCCUGCCCGCACCCCCACCCUUCCGAAUUCUACUGCCCGCCCCCACCCCCCGCCCCCUCGCUGCUGACGGGCCCCACCUUUGUGCCAUCUGUGGCACCCUUUGGAGACAGGAGCAGUGGACCCUUCCAGCUGGGGACCCCUGAGUGCCGGGGGCUGGGGGCUGGGGGGGGCAGCCCAGGGGGGAACGCCAAGGACAGGGUCCUGGAGAAGAGCGGUAACCAUGGUAGCGAAGGUGGUAACCAUGGCGGCGCUGCUCCUACCGGAACGUGCCUGAGGAAACAGCAGCAGCAGGGCUAUAGUAAGGCAGCAUCCGAUUGGCUGCAUACCCACCAGCAGCUGCAUGUCUGUAGUAAGGUAGCCCCUGAUUGGCUGCAGAACCACCAGCAGCAGCACCCCCUGGUUGACAAACCUGGGCCCUGUACAGGCCCUCCCCCACAGCAGAACUGCCCCCACUCACAGCCCCCUGAUGGGAAGGGUGUGGCCCAGUUCAGGACCAGGGCAGGGGGUGGGGCAGGGGGCAGAGUUACCCUACAGCAGGAUGUGCAGAAUGUUGCCAGGAUACGGCACCAGCCCCCCGACCCGCCGCCCUGGGCGGGGGGGGAGGAGGGCCAUCGUAAGGCCACCCGGCAGCAUGGCCAAUCAGAGCAGGAGCCAGGGAUGGCCUCUCCCCCUGCCCCGCCCACUUGCAUGAGGAGCCUACUGAGGCACAGCAGCCCCCAGCCCCCGCCUCCCUCCCAGAGCGCCGCCUUCGGGGGCCUGGGCUGCCUCAGAUCCCGGGGCGGGGCUGGGGGCAGGGCAGGGGGCGGAGCCAACUGCAGCCGGCAAGAGGACCGACAGACCCUGCCCACCAGGAAGGGCUCAACCAAUGAGGAGCCGAGGUCAGAUCUAGGUGGGCGGGGGCGGGAGGACCCCUCCCACGCGGAGGGUGAAGUGCGCCAGCCGCCCGUGGGCAUCGCAGUUGCCGUGGCGAGGCAGAGAGAGCCUCCCUGUCGGCCGCCGGACCCCCAUGUUCGACCGGGGAUGGGGCACUCGGUGCUGAAAGGUGCUCGACUGAUCCCCCAUCUGGUCUGUGCAGAUGUGUGUCAAGGCAAGAGGAGGAGGGUCUGUGAAGAUGCACUGAGCUCGCCCUGCCUGGAGAGAGAGAGAGAGCUGUUCAUCCGGGAAAACAAAGAAAGGAUAGAUUACUCCAGAAUCCAUCCCUCCAGCAGUUGCCACAGCGACCUGGCCUCCCACCUCAUGAUGGUGGGUGGGACUUCCCUGCAUGCCAGCCAAUUAGGAGCUGACCCUGCCACGCACGCCCAUGCCCCGCAUCAUCACUGGAUGCCCCGAACAGGAAGUCCUUCCCUGUGGAUGACGGGACAUUCUUACGGUAUUGGCCACCUGCACCAGAACCUCCCACCAGGCUUCUCGGCUGCCAUGCCCAGUGCCCUGCAGCCGGUGCUGCCCCUGCCCCAGGACCCGUCUGCUCAGCUGGUGGUGCUGCCCACUGAACCCCCCACCCACCCAACCUCCCAUCCCCUGGAGAUGAUAGACCAGUCAGGCUUGUGGCCCUCAGUAUUUGGGGCCCAGGUGGCGCACCCCAGUGUGUACACCCGCUCACAGUUUCUACGGCAACAGGAGCUGUACACCCUGCAGCAGCAGCAGAGGGAACGGGUUGCCCAGAUGAUGGAGUCACAGCACAGACACGCCCACUCACAGGUGCAGAGGACACUGGAUGACCCCCCUGAGCCGGACGCCCCCAGGGCCAGGCCCCACUCCCCCAAACCUGCUAAACCCUUCUCCUUUACCCCCUCCCCCCCCGCCGGCUGCCCCACCCGACUCUCUCCCUGCUGUCACUCACCCUCCCUACGACCACACCCCAAGAGCACGCCUUGCCCCACCCCUGCCCCGCCCCCAGCCAGCCACUGCCCCCGCUCCCCUGCCCUCACCCCCACCCCCCCACACCCCUCCCUGGACAAGAGAGUAGAGGGACAGCCACCACAGGAUUACCCACAAUCCUUAGAGCCAGACCUGCCACCUGAGUAUACCUAUUCCUCUAUAGGUUACAGGAGAGGCCCUUCCCCCCAGGACAUUUUAUUGGCCGAGCCUGCGGACCUGGAGGCAGUGCAGGUGGAGCCGACCCCUCGGCCCCGCCCCCUCCCGGCUGUAGGGGCGGAGCCUCAGUGUGAUGGAGUUUUCAGCCCCAUCAGGCGUAUGACGGAGGAGGCAGAGCCUAAUGCUGCUGGGCUGAGGGAGGGUGUGGAAGGAGGCGGGGCAGAGAAGUACCUGGGCCAGGAAGGGGAGGAGCCAGACGUCUGCUCCACGGUCAUCGAGGUGUGCCCCACUUUGGCGGUAACCCACGGAGACGACCCCCCUGUGACCUGCCGGGAUGGGUGGGGGGAACCUGCAGAUGAGGGGGUGGUAGAGCUGAGUGACGAUGAGGAGCAGGAGGAAGGCACAGCGGAGAUGGAGACAGGGGAUGAGGUGUACCUGCACCUGUGUCCUGAGUCCACACCUGUCCCCCACUCCACAGAGGAGACGAGGAGGGAGGCGGUCCCAGAUGAUCAUGCUCUGCCCAUACCGACAUCCUGCCCCGCCCCCACCUGCCAGGCCACUCCCACUAUCUGGAGCCUGGAGCUGCUGAUUGCUGCUGCUCUCUGUGGGGAGAGGGACACGCCCCUCCAGCACUCUGCCCCCCUGCCCCGCCCUGCUCACUCCAUGCCCUGCCCCGCCCACACCUCGCCCUGCCCCGCCCAUGCCCCGCCCUGCCCCGGUUCCCAAGGAAUGGAGCUCUUGAGCGAGGUGGCUGACCUGGAGCUGCAUUACCACGAGAGCUCCGGGCGUGGCUAUGGGAAGGACAUGUUGACCUUUGACCUGCAGAGCUUGGCCACAUUGGCGGCGGCGCGUGCCCUGGAGCUGGGCGCUGGGGAGGGGGGCGGAGACGCACGCAGACACCGCGUACCGCGCAGGACGCUAAACCUGCGUAGGAAGUUCUCCUGGACCCCUCGCCAUGAUCCGGUGUCCCCAGUGAAGAUCGCCAUGGAGACGAUGGACGGACAGGAGGUGGCCAUGAGGAUGCAGCUGGCGGACCUGCAGAGGCGCUAUAAAGAGAAGCAGAGAGAGCUGGCCAAACUGCAGAGGAAACAUGAGCACCAGAAACAGGAGGCAUCUCGCAGUCCUGUACGGCGGGGACCAGGAAGGCCUCGCAAACGCAAAUCCACCCCCAGCGCUGCCCCAACACUGGCCCCUAAGAGAGCCAGGUCCCUGGGGGCGGGGCUUGGCCAGCUAAUGGACGACCUGAGAGGGAGUGUCAGCAGCCAGCGAAAAGAGAAAACCCUGUCCAAUCAGGUCUGGGACCAGCUCCACACUGCACAGAGUGAGGUCCCUGUGUCUGUGGGCUGUAUGCCGGCUCAGCCAGUAUUCCAGCUGCUGAAGCAGAAGGCCGCAGCGAAUGGGGGUGCUGUCCUGGAGAGGGGGUUCCACCGCCGGGCCCCAGGGCCCCUCUGCACAGAGGGCAAACACUCCAGCACCGCCAGGGGCCACGGCAACACAGCCCUUGCAGGUAGGGGUGCACAGGAAGGCUGGGUGGGGCAGAUGCUGAUGCUGAGGCGGAACAGAACCAAGGCUCUGCAGACAGGACGCAGCACUGGGAAGAAACAGGAAGUGGCAGAUACCUCCCACACAGAGAGCGAGUCCUCUCAGCGCGAGGAGGACAGCAGUCCGGACAGUGAUAAAGAACACUACAGCAAAGCCACUUCUACCAAAGACUCCUCAAUAAACCUGAAUCUGACUGGUCCUUCUCCCUCUUCAGUUGUGAAGCUGGAAGCCAAUCAGAAAGCAAAGAAUAAGAAGGAAAGGCAAGGGCUCCUGGGGUCUGUGAGAGUGCCCUGUAUGGAGGAGGUGAAGGUGAGGAGGAGAACCCCCUAUGGACCAGCCAUGGGUACUACACAGAAGAGGUUCCUGGAGCCAGAAGAGGAGGAGGAGGAGGAGGAGGAAGGAGAGGAAGGAGAGGGGGGCAAGCGGUGCAAGCAGCUCUGCCAACAGGGGUCGGGGCUCCAGGGCUCACUUGCCACCAGCAGGAGGCUGAAGAAACUCACAGCAAGUAUCGACAGAGUUAUGGCAGAGAGCCAUUAUGGGACUGGCCCCCCCCACAGGGAGACCCAUCAAGUUCUGCCAAGCUGUGUGCUCAGUAAGGAGCAGCUGGUGGAUGGGCUGAAGGUGCUUAUCUCCAAGGAAGAUGAACUCCUAUAUGCUGCCUACCUGCGCACUCUAGACCUGCCUGACAUAUACAGUGUCGUUAUUGAGGGUGAAAGACGAAACCGACCAAGAAUUUACUCGCUGGAGCAGCUGCUGCAAGAGGCUGUGCUGGAUGUGCGGCCAGAGUCAGAGUUGAUGUUGGAGCAGGGCGCCCGUGUGUGUGCGUACUGGAGCGAGCGCUCACGCUGCCUGUAUCCUGGAUACGUGCACAGAGGGGGCCCUGGGGAGCAGCAGAAGGAGGGCAGUGUAAUGGUGGAGUUUGAUGAUGGAGACAGAGGCUGGAUCUCACUGCACAACAUCCGGCUUCUCCCUCCAGGCUACCAGAUCCGCUGUGCGGAGCCUGCCCCCACCCUCCUGAUGUCUGCCUGCCGCAGAAGGAGGAGCUUCACGCUGGAGAAGAGCACACUGACCAACACCUCCUCUGAUAGGCCCUACGACAGCACUGCCAAACCAGGGAUACCAGACAGUGUGAACUCAGGGAGAAAGUGCACCCCCUCAGAGAGCAGCUGCCCCCCCAUCAGCUGGCUCGCUGUGACCACGCCCAGGAGGCGGACCCCCCACAGCUUCUUCCCCCUCAAUGGGGCGCCCCGGAGGGCCCUCAAAAGGCAGGAGGCAGACUUUUCUCCCUCACUGGCCCCGCCCACAGCCCCGCCCGCCAAGCCCAUGUUCAGCAGCUCUUUUGAGGUGGACUCCUUCAGGAGCAUCGCCCACGGCUGCACCUCCUUCUCCGCCCGGCACACGCCCGCGCCCCUGGGGGGCGGCGAGGGGGGCAGGCCCUGCCGGGGGGGCAGCGGGUGCCCUGUCAAACUGGACCAUGAGGGAGUGACCGCACCCAAAACCAAGAGCAGCAAGGCCCUGCUGCAGCAUGGCGGCGGUAAGGCUGGCGGGGCGGGGUUUGGGUCCAAAGGGGGCGUGUCCUCCGCCGUGCGCUACGCCCCCCCGGUCCUCCUCACCAAAGCCAGUAAGAAGGGUGGGGCUGGGGGCGGGGCUCAGGUGGAACUGCUCCUCGGGGGGCUGUCCCAGCUGCAUGCGCCCCCCCAGGCUCUGCCGAUGGAUGUAUUGGCAGAAUACGACAGCGACUGCCACAGCGACUGCCACGCCUCCUACUCUGACAUGGAGGAAGAGGAGGAAGAGGAGGAGCACCAGAGAGCCGCCAUGGCCGGCCAUUUCCUCUCCCGCCUCUCCAUCUUUUCCUCCUCCUCUGGCUCCUCCUCUUCCUCCUCUUCCUCGCUCUGCUCCUCCUCCCUCUGCUCCUCUGAGAACGACUCCUCCUACAGCUCUGAGGAUGAGGAGGGAGGCCCACUGCUCCUGCAGGGCUGCCUCUCCUCCCAUCAUGCACUGCUGCAGGCCCCCGAACCCCCGCUUCACUCCCCACCCGCUGCCCGUCACUCCUUUGGGGCCAAGGUUGCCGACGGAAACAAGCCAAUCAGGAGGAAGGAUGGCCCUGACUCCACCCCCUCCACCAAGACACCCAGGGACCCCGCCAGAAGACAGAGGCAGUUGCCGGGCGACACCCUGCCCAAGGCCGGCCCCUACCCGUCCACCCACCAGCUCUGGAAGUGGUCUGGGAACCCCACGCAGAGGCGGGGAAUGAAAGGGAAAGCGCGGAAGCUGUUCUACAAGGCGGUGGUUCGCGGCCGCGACACCGUGUGCGUGGGAGACUGCGCCGUCUUCCUGUCCGCGGGCCGCCCCCACCUGCCCUACGUGGGCCGCAUCGAGAGCAUGUGGCAGUCCUGGGCCAGCAACAUGGUGGUGAAGGUCAAGUGGUUCUACCAUCCAGAGGAGACCAAGAUGGGCAAGAGGCCCCGAGACGGCAAGCAUGCCUUGUACCAGUCCAGUCAUGAGGAUGAGAAUGAUGUGCAGACCAUUUCGCACAGGUGCCAGGUGGUGAGCCGGGCGGAGUACGAGUAUCUGAGCCGCGGCAGGAAGCUGCCGCACAGCGCCCAGGACCUGUACUACCUGGCGGGUACCUACGACCCCGCCAGCGGGCAGCUGGUCACCGCCGAGGGCGAGGCCAUCUGCUGCUAGCCCCGCCCACCUUGCCACUGAAAGGCCCCAGGACAUGUGGCUGAGGCAGGGGCGUCUGUGGAUUUGCCUGAGGGGAACGGAGGGCCAUUGGAGCUCUAUGCUGUCACGCACCCAAGGGCAUGCUGGGAAAACCCAAUCAGAGUGACUGCCCCGCCCUGCACUGCGAGGUUUAGGAGUACAAAUUUAGCUGUUGUACUGGUUUCCCAGAGUCAGGGCAUUCAACAGGAGGGGCACUGAAGGGUGAGGGGUCAAGGUUGAAGGGUCAGGUUUGAAGGGCUUUGUAACUGACUUAACUGUUCAAACCAACAGAUUGUGCUGGUUAUGAAGAAACUGGAGAGACCACAUGCCCGUCAGCACAGCUUCACUGUCAGCAGGGUGUGUGUGAGUGUGUGUGUGUCUGUGUGUGUGUGUGCACGUGUGCGUGUGCAUCUGUGUGUGUGUGUGUGCACGUGUGCGUGCGCGUGUGUGCACGUGUGUGUCUGUGUGUGUGUGUGAGUAUGUGUGUGUGUGCGUGUGCACGUGUGUGCGUGUGUGUCUGUGUGUGCGUGUGUGUGUGCGUAUGUGUGUGCGUGUGUGUAUGUGUGUGCGUGUGCACGUGCGCGUGUGUGCAUGUGUCUGUGUGUGCAUGUGUGACUGUGUGUGCGUGUGUGUCUGUGUGUGCGUGUGCGUGUGUGUCUGUGUGUGCGUGUGUGCUGUGUGUGCGUGUGUGUGUGCGUGUGCGUGUAUGUGUGUCCGUGUGUGUGUCUCUGUGUGUGUGCGUGUGCGUGUGUGUCUGUGUGUGUGCGUGUGUGUAUGUGUGUGCGUGUGUGUCUGUGUGUGCGUGUGCGUGUGUGUCUGUGUGUGUGCGUGUGCGUGUGUGUGCGUGUGCACGUGUGUGUGAUUAUUGCAGUGUGUACAGUCAUCUCUCCAGAACAUCUCUCCAUUUUUUACCAGAUAACUGACUGAUUGAGUUUAUAAAUAUAUGAAUAAAUAUUCUUAAAAAUUGGACAGAUUUCCAAAUCAAGCUAUACAAUUCAGUACCUCUUGCCUACCUUCUGAUUCAGGUCUAUAUUAUGUGUCAAUUGUUGUUUUUUAGAAGGAAUGGGGAUGUGUGAUGAGUUUUAUUAUCGUUUUUAACACCGCGCUGGGCCGCUGUUCAGCUGAUUGUGUUCCCUUUAUCUCCUUAUUGAUCGGUCAGCCGAAACUUGUUUGCGUUAGUGGCUGUAAUCUCUUGUUUAACACUGUAAUGUUGUUUAACACUUAAUGUGAAAACAUACUGUAGAUUUAUCAGGUUUCUGUAAAAACUAUACCAAAGCGAAGGUGGGAUGUUCCCUGAAUCCCCAUGAUGUUUGAAACUGCAAUUAUAAAUCUCUCCUGGACCCUGUGAUCUGAGCAGGAGGGUCUACUAACGUUUGCAGCAGUGUUAAGGCGAUGUUCAGAGAAUGUUACUGGAGUGCUCAUGAAUGCAUUGCUGAGUAGGACAAUCCGAUCAGUGAGGCAGGGCUGAGAUUUUGGCUCAGUCUGGAUGUAGUACUGUAAGUUACGGUUUAAUGCUUUUUUUUUUGCCAAAAAUGUUUUUUUUUUGUCUUUGCUUUGCUUCUUUGUGUCUGACACUAUCUUAAAGGCUGCUUAAAACAGGGGGUGGAGGGCACGGGGGGGGGGGGGGUGAGCUACGUCUCCCGUGUCCAGUUUUGUACAGUCAUCUGUUGCCAAAAACACGGUUUUUCCGGCCUGUGCUGGGCUUUGUGUCCCCCGAGGGAUAUAUGGGAGAGGUACAGCGUAUGAUUGGGUCUCCUCUGCCUUCCCUCUGCUCAUACGUGGCUUGGGGCUGCAAUGUGAAAAGAAGUAGCUGGUUGGCACUGUGUGUUUCAGGGGAGAACCACGAGUUUGUCUGCAUUCUCCCGAGCCAGCAGCAGGGGGCAUAUGUGAGCACACUUGUGCAAUUUGGACAUUCCAAACGUGGGUGGGAUUGAAGAUGCCAAAUUUGAAAAAUAAAUAACAAUGAAUUAUAGUGUGGGUGGUGUACAUGUUUUGUUAUUUUCUGAGCCCUCAGCAUUUAUGUAAACUAACACUGGAUUCACCUGUGAGUGUGCUCAGACAGGAAGCAGCUGUGUGCCUUUCAGACUGUUCACAGGAAGUGACCUCAUUGAGUGACCUGAAUUUGGCCCCCCAGUGGGAACUUCAAAGAUAUAUUUUUUUUGGUCAGGUUAUUUUGCUUUCUUUCAGUUGUUUUUGAAAUAAUAAUUUAAGGUAUGGUUUCUUUGUUAAAGCAUCUUUAUUUAUAACCAUUUUAUUGCAUUUUGUUCCAUUUAUUUUCUCUUUAUAAAGGAUGUCAAAACUUUAUUAAUUUUUGUUGAUUUAAUUGUGCGUAUUGUUGUCUAAAUUUCAUGUCAUCUUUUUACAGCCUUUGAUUUGGAAAGUAGACUGUAAGUUAAGAACUGGAGUAGAGUCCUUCUGGCUUUCCAGGACCCAUGAAAUUAGGGGCUUUUGGAAGUGACAGCUUCCUGUAAAAUACUAAUGGUUAAAAAGCAGAGUGACCAGGCUUGACCGAGUUUGGCCACAUUCUGAAAGCUGAAAUGUGCAGGUCAGGUGAUGCUGGGAACUCCAGAUGCCACAUAACCUGGCAUAAUGAGAGGCAGCCAGACAAAACACAGACAUGCAGUCGUGUGUGUGUGUGUGUGUACCACUGCUGGGCCGGUUCUCUCUCCCUCUGGCAGUGUGUGUGUGUGUGUGUGUGUACCACUGCUGGGCCGGUUCUCUCUCCCUCUGGCAGUGUGUGUGUGUGUGUGUGUGUACCACUGCUGGGCCAGUUCUCUCUCCCUCUGGCAGUGUGUGUGUGUGUGUGUGUGUGUGUGUAUAGUGUGUGAGUGUGUGUGUGUGUGUAAGGGUGUGCGUGCAUGUGUGUACGUGCGUGUGUGUGUGUGUGUGUGUGUAAGGGUGUGUGUGUGUGUAUAGUGUGUGUGUGUGUGUGUCUGUAUAUCCACGGUGCGCAGAACUGCAUUGUUAUUGAGUACUCACAGUGUUCGUUGGCCCGUUCCCCCGAACCACCAGAGACCACAACGCUCACCCAAACCGCCAGAGACCACAACGCUCACCCAAACUACCAGAGAGACCACAACAUUCCCCCAAACCGACAGAGAGACCACAACGCUCACCAAAACCACCAGAGAGACCACAACGCUCACCCAAACCGCCAGAGAGACCACAACGCUCACCCAAACUGCCAGAGAGACCACAACGCUCACCCAAACCACCAGAGAGACCACAACGCUCACCCAAACCACCAGAGAGACCACAAAGCUCACCCAAACUACCAGAGAGACCACAACAUUCCCCCAAACUGCCAGAGAGACCACAACGAUCUCCCAAACCACCAGAGAGACCACAACGCUCACCCAAACCACCAGAGGCCACAACGCUCACCCAAACCACCAGAGAGACCACAACAUUCCCCCAAACCGCCAGAGACCACAACGCUCACCUAAACUGCCAGAGAGAUCACAACAUUCCCCCAAACCACCAGAGAGACCACAACAUUCCCCCAAACCGCCAGAGAGACUACUACAUGCACCCAAACCACCAGAGAGACCACAGCAUUCCCCCAAACUGCCAGAGAGACUACUACACUCACCCAAACCACCAGAGAGACCACAACAUUCCCCCAAACUGCCAGAGAGACUACUAUACUUACCCAAAACGCCAGAGAGACCACAAUGCUCACCCAAACUACCAGAGAGACCACAACGCUCACCCAAACCACCAGAGAGACCACAACAUUCCCCCAAACCUCCAGAGAGACCACAACAUUCCCCCAAACCGGCAGAGAGACCAGGUCCACAGCAUUACAUAUGACAUCGCUCAGAUUGCUGAGAAAAUAUUGGAAUAUUUUAACACUGAUUGAAAGAAUUUUCAUAUGAAUAUUGUUCCUUGUUAUUAUUUUUUGUUUAUAUUUCUUUUAUUUUCAUAACUCACUUUUUGUUUUCUAAUUGAGAUUUAGUAUUGUAAAAAAAUUGUAAAUUUGUACAGUAUGACUUUUUAUGGUUUUAUUUUUGGGGUGAACAAUCGAAGAAAUUGUGUCUAUAAAUAUUAAACUAUGUGAAAGCAUUUUAGUAUCAAGACCUUUAUAGGUGGCUUAUGAAUAAAUAAAUUCAUAGAAAAUGUA